UUUUAUAGUAUAAAUUUAAGUUCAGAUCUUGAUUUAAUCUGGUUGUAUAUUUGCAGGUUACACUUGGGUUGAACUUAUAAAGCUAUCAAAUAAUAAUGGAAAUGGCACAGGAAUGGUUUUCAGAACUGGAAACGGAAGGUCAAAUGUUCAUGAUUGAUGAUGAGAUGAAGAAUCUUUACGACACAAUCGAUAACAUCAGUGUUGAUUCAUUCUCUUCGGAAAGCUAUACAGAAAACAUGAGGCUUCUUGAUCAAUCUAUUCAGACUCAACAUAAGGAAACCAAACAUCAAGACAAGAGUAGUAGUAAUACUAACAAAAGUUUUCAAACUCCAGAACCCCUUGUUGCUACUACGCGUCCCUCAUCGAACGCUUUCACUAUAUCUUUUGCAAAUAUAAAUCCGAAAAACGAGAUCCUCAAGUUUCCUGAUUCGGUUGGGUAUGAAGCUGCGAAUACCACAAAGGUUAUAGCAACGGCUAGAAAUAACACUCAGGCACAAGAUCAUGUUUUGGCAGAGAGGAAGAGAAGAGAAAAGAUGAAUCAACACUUCAUAUCUUUAUCUGCCCUCCUUCCUAACCUUAAAAAGAUGGAUAAGGCAUCGGUGUUGGAAGAUGCAUCUAAUUACAUAAAAGAACUUCAAGAUCGCGUAAAGGAGCUUGAGGGAUUACAAAGCACUAAGAGAAAGGCUGUUCAAGAAUGUGUUAUUUCCAUGAAGAGAUCUAGAAUCAACAAUAGUGACGAUGAAUACUCUUCGUCAGAUGAAACGGACUCUAGAGAGAGUACCUCCCCUUGCAAGUCGUCUCCUGAGAUCGAAGUACGGAUAUCAGGAAGUAGUGUGCUAGUAAGAGUUCAUUGUCAGAAAAACAUUUCUUCCUUGGUGAAUAUAUUAAACAAGAUGCAGAAGCUUGGGUUGUCAAUCAUCAGUAGUAGUGCCAUGCCAUUUGCAAAGACCACUAUUCUUAUCACCAUUGUUGCCCAGAUUGAAGAUGACUUCUGUAUGACAACAAAAGAACUUGUGACAAACCUUCAACUAGCUAUGUAAAUUUCGAUGACGAUAGGCAAUUAUAAGUUCAAGAGUUCUAUGUAUUGAAGUUUGUUAAUUAGUCAGCUUGUUUUCAUUUUAUGCUU